UUCACAAAGAAAACAUGAAAUUUUUCCCAAUUUUUAUUAUAAUAUUCCUUUCAUAAUUAUUAAUAAUAAAUAAUUCUUAGGAAAAUUCACUGUUCCAUCUGUCAGUGGACAAUGUUGCCUUCCAACUAAUAGUUUUACAAUUCAAAAAAUAAAUCAAAAUAAGGGAAUUAUGUUUGGAGGAGUUAUAACUCCUGAUCAUUCUGGGACUCUUGGAACUACUACUAGUAGUAUGUACAUAUUUAAUGUGACACAUAAUACAAUACAUUGGGAGGGUAUUAAAAAAGGAUCUGUAGCUGGUGAGAAACUCUGGCCUAUGCCAAGAUAUUGUCAAGCUAGUGCUAUUUUUAGUGGUGACUCUACUUCACCAGCAUUAGUAGUGAUUGGUGGACGGCAUGACUAUCUUCCACUGAAUGAUUCUUGGUUAUUUGAUAACGUCAACACUAGUCAAUUCAGUUGUAAGAAGAUCCCUCUACCUCAAUCUGUUACUGGUUCUAAAUUUGAUGGCAAUGAACUAAUUAUUGCAAAUGAGAAAUUAGAAGAAGAGAAACAGAUCCUUACUGAAGAUAAUGAGAAACUUAGAAAUAUAGUUGCUUAUAAUGAAGUGUAUAUAACUGAAAUAGAAGAAGAGAAGAGACAAGUAGAAGACGAGAAUAAACAAGCAAAGAAAGAAAAGGAGCAAGCAGAAGAAGAGAAGAGACGGUUAGAGGAACAAUACCACAUUGACAAACAAAUCACUAAAGAACUUAAAGCUAAAUUUGCUGUUAAUGAUGUAUACAUAACUGAAUUAGAGGAAGAGAAUGAAAAAUUAGAGAAACAAUUUUGCAAAGAGAAACAGAUCACUAAAGAACUUAAAACUAAAGUUGCUGAUAAUGAGAGAUAUACUGCCAAACUAAUGAAGGAAAGGGAGCAAAUCAAAGAGACUAGUUCCAUUGGAUUACAGUUUAACUACCUGAUUCCUUCAAUGGGUAGUAGAGAAAAAGCUAUUCUGUAUUCAAAGAUUGGAGUACAAGAAGACAGCUUACUGCCCUCUGAGACAGUAGAAGUAGCAGUGGUUGCUCUUUUAGGAGGGCGGUUCCAGUUUCCUCCGAAUACUGUCCUAGUCAGUGCUGUGUAUGCAGUAUCACUCUCAAAGCCUCUCCUCAAGCAACUCAAGCUAGAGAUACAGCACUGUGUUGAUUUAACAGGACAACCAGAUCUUGCACAAUACUUAAAGUUUGCUAUAGCUCCAAUUGACACACCCAGCCUCCCUUACCAAUUUUCAGUAGUUGAUGGAGGUGAGUUUAGCUCUGAUAGUGGAUAUGGAUCCAUUCAACGUAAAAAGUUUUGUUUGGUUUGUAUACUUGGAGAAGAAUGGACCAGUGAAGGAGGUAAUGGUGUUCCCAUAGUAUCAGUUAAUGAAGACACAGAGGAAGGAGAGGAGGAAGAGGAAGAUCAGCAACCACAACAAGAGGAGAAUGAGGAGGAGGAAGGGGAACAGCUACAACAUGAGGAUGAAGGAAUUGAGCAACAGCUGGAGGUGAAAGAGGUGGAGGAUAAUGAACAGGAAGACAUUCAGCAGGAACAGGAAGGAGAAAAACAGCAACCAGGGCAAGAGGACAAUGAGGAGGAGGAGCAAGAUGAAGAAGGAGACAAAGAGGGAGGAGAUAAUGAUGAUGAUAGUGACAGUGAUGAUAUCAGCAGUACUGCACCAGGGGUUAGUGGAGCAACAUUUAAAG